CAACAAAUAACUUUUAAAUUAUUUAACAUAUGCGAAAUUAAUUGACAUAUUAUUAAAAUUUAAUUUGAUAGCUUUUCAAAAAAUACCAUAACAAAUUCCAAGGUCUUGUAUUAAAGUCACAGUUUUAUUUUGAAAUAUAAAGUUGAUAUGAAGAUAAGUGAUGUCCAUAACCGUAUACGGCAUGACCAACUAAAUCCGAGUGAUAAAUCAUUUUCUUUGUCUGUAGAAGCUAUUUUAGUCUCUAUGAAUUUGGGUUCUACUGGGUGUGCUGCAUUUUUAAAAGUUUAUCAAAAGAAAUGGAAGGAUGCAAACCGAGGAAACAUAAAGUUUGAGAGUAAAAAUAAAAAUUGGUUGACUCAGGACUUUAAAUCUACAUACAGUAAUAAUAUAUCUAAGCCUGAUAAUUCUAGUCAAUUACAUAAGAUUGGUGGAAGACCAAGUUGUUCCUUUAAAGAUGCUUCUGACAAAACCAAAAGGAGAAGACUUAACUAUACUCAUUUCUUAAUUAAAGCAAGGCUUAAAUUAAGAAAUGAGUAUAAUUAUGAGGCUGCCAAGCAAGUUGCUGAGAUAUCAGAACCUUCUAGUCAAUUUAAAAAGUAUACACCUGAUGAAGGUCUGGCAUUAAUUAUAGAUGGUGGCAUGUCAAAAUCAACCUACCAACUUAUGAGAAACGGAGCUGAAGAACGUGACUGCCAUAUAUAUCCUUCAUACAACAACAUAAGAUUGUCCAAAGCUAAGUGCUAUCCAGAGAACAUCUUUGUUGAUGAUUAUCAGCACAUGUACCACUACAAGAAUUAUUAA